GUGACCUAUGAUGAUGUGCAUGUCAACUUCACUCAGGAGGAGUGGGCAUUGCUGAAUCCUUCCCAGAAGAAUCUCUAUAAAGAUGUGAUGCAGGAGACAUAUUUGAACCUCACUGCUAUAGGAUACAAUUGGGAAGAUCUUGAAGUUGAAGAACAUUGUGCAAGUUCUGAACGACAUGAAAGGCAUGAAAGAAGACAAAAGGGAGAGAAACAAUAUGAAUGCAAUCAAUGUGCUAAAGCCUUUGCACAACAUGGUAAUCUUAAAAGGCAUCAGAAAACACAUAUUGGAAAGAAACCCCAUGAAUGUAAUCAGUGUGGUAAAGCCUUUUUACUUCACAAUAAUCUUGAAAUGUAUAGAAAAACACAUACUGGAGAGAAACCCUAUGAAUGUAAUCAGUGUGGUAAAGCCUUUGUACAGCAUGGUCAUCUUCAAAGGCACACAAGAACACAUACUGGAGAGAAACCCUAUGAAUGUAACCAGUGUGGUAAAGCUUUUGCUCAAAACAGUGUUCUUCAAAUGCAUAAAAGAACUCACACUGGAGAGAAACCCUAUGAAUGUAAUCAGUGUGGUAAAGCCUUUGCUCGCCACAGUGUUCUUCAAUUGCAUAAAAGAACACAUAGUGGAGAGAAACCAUAUGAAUGUGAUCAAUGUACUAAAGCCUUUAGACAUCAUAGUAGUCUUCAAAGGCAUACAAGAACACAUAGUGGAGAGAAACCAUAUGAAUGUGAUCAAUGUACUAAAGCCUUUGGACAUCAUAGUAAUCUUCAAAGGCAUACAAGAACACAUACUGGAGAGAAACCUUAUAAAUGUAAUCAGUGUGGUAAAGCCUUUUUACUUCACAAUAAUCUUGAAAUGCAUAGAAAAACACAUACUGGAGAGAAACCCUAUGAAUGUAAUCAGUGUGGUAAAGCCUUUGUACAGCAUGGUCAUCUUCAAAGGCACACAAGAACACAUACUGGAGAGAAACCUUAUGAAUGUAAUCAGUGUGGUAAAGCCUUUGCUCGCCACAGUGUUCUUCAAAUGCAUAAAAGAACUCACACUGGAGAGAAACCCUAUGAAUGUAAUCAGUGUGGUAAAGCCUUUGCUCGCCACAAUGUUCUUCAAUUGCAUAAAAGAACACAUAGUGGAGAGAAACCAUAUGAAUGUGAUCAAUGUACUAAAGCCUUUAGACAUCAUAGUAGUCUUCAAAGGCAUACAAGAACACAUAGUGGAGAGAAACCAUAUGAAUGUGAUCAAUGUACUAAAGCCUUUGGACAUCAUAGUAAUCUUCAAAGGCAUGCAAGAACACAUACUGGAGAGAAACCCUAUGAAUGUAAUCAGUGUGGUAAAGCCUUUGUACAUUACAGUUAUCUUCAAAGGCACACAAGAACACAUACUGGAGAGAAACCCUAUGAAUGUAAUCAGUGUGGUAAAGACUUUGCUUGCCACAAUGUUCUUCAAUUGCAUAAAAGAACACAUAGUGGAGAGAAACCACAUGAAUGUGAUCAAUGUACUAAAGCCUUUAGACAUCAUAGUAAUCUUCAAAGGCAUACAAGAACACAUACUGGAGAGAAACCAUAUGAGUGUGAUCAAAGUACUAAAGCCUUUGGACAUCAUAGUAAUCUUCAAAGGCAUACAAGAACACAUACUGGAGAGAAACCCUAUGAAUGUAAUCAGUGUGGUAAAGCCUUUGUACAACAUGGUUAA